CUGGAAGUCAGAAACCAACCACUACCCAGCUGCUGCUACUGGUGGCACCAGGGUCUAGUAACUCACCCCUGGAGCCAGGCGCGCGUCGGGCUCGGAGCUGCCGUGGCGUGCGGAAGAAGCUGCGUGCGGGAAACGUGCUGCGGAGACUUUGAGGCCGGUGUGAGGCGGGAGAUGGAGCCCGACAACGCGCAAACCACAAAUCAGACACAAACAGACUCUUUGUCUCCAUCCCCCAACACUGUGUCACCUGUGCCUUUAAAUAACCCAACGAGUGCCCCAAGAUUUGGAACGGUUAUUCCUAAUCGCAUCUUUGUAGGAGGAAUCGAUUUUAAGACUAACGAAAAUGACCUAAGGAAGUUUUUUGCCCAGUAUGGGUGUGUGAAAGAAGUGAAGAUAAUAAAUGACAGAGCUGGAGUUUCAAAGGGGUAUGGUUUCAUCACUUUUGAAACUCAAGAAGAUGCACAAAAAAUUUUACAAGAGGCUGAAAAACUUAAUUAUAAGGAUAAGAAACUGAAUAUUGGUCCAGCAAUAAGAAAACAACAAGUAGGGAUUUCUCGAUCUAGCAUAAUGCCAGCAGCUGGAACAAUGUACUUGACCACUUCAACUGGAUAUCCUUAUACUUAUCACAAUGGAGUAGCUUAUUUUCAUACUCCUGAAGUUACAUCUGUUCCACAGCCAUGGCCUUCACGGUCCAUUUCCAGUUCCCCUGUAAUGGUAGCUCAACCUGUUUAUCAUCAACCUACAUAUCCUUACCAGGCACCUGCACAGUGUCUUUCAGGUCAGUGGCAAUGGAGUGUUCCACAGUCUCCUGCCUCUUCAACUUCAUUCUUUUAUCUUCACCCUUCUGAAGUUAUUUAUCAGCCACUAGAAAUUGCACAGGACAGUGGAUGUGUACCUCCUCCUUUCUCUGUAAUGGAAGCUGCAGUUUCAGAGCCAUAUUCUGAUUAUGGAGUUCAAGCAGCAUAUCACCAAGUUUAUGCCCAGAGUGCCAUAGCUAUGCAAACACCUGUGAUGCAGCCUGAGCCAGUUAAAGAACCAAGGUUACAUUCUGUGAGAAGAAAUUUUUCACAUCCUUCAUCUGUGAGUUUGAAACCUCGAUAUACACGAAGUCCUCACUUUCAUCCUAGAAAAGAUUACAGAAUGGAAGAUACAAUUCUCACUCCACCUUCCUCUACAGACUCUGUUAAAUAGACUCUUAGAUGUCUACUAUGCUGAUAUGUCUAGCACACAGAGGAUAUGUAAUUUAGUAACUCUCAACAUUUACUGAGUAUGCCUAAGUUAAAAUGCCCUCUUUUUUUUUGUAAAAGGAUUAAGAAGAAAUCUUGCAGUUCAUGUCAGCAAACACAGGAUAUGCAGGAUAAAAUCAUGGUUUCCUUUAUCAAUUAAUGCACAUUUAGGUGACAGACUCGUAAUUUGUGAUAUACAGACUAUUGUAUAUGCACUAUUUAUUAAAGUAGUUUGAAAAACAGCAUAUUUGUAUUACAGGAAAAAUCUGAAAUUCAUUUUUGUAUCAGAUACAUUACAACAGACAUUUUCAACAUUUAAGCCAUUUUCUUGUAGACUGACAGCAUAUACUUGAU